AUGCCCGAAUUUGCAAACGGGGAAUGGGGGCGCGAACUUUCUCUAGCCCCCAGAGAAUUCCCGCCCUUGGAUGCUGGUUACAGGAAGGGUCUUCUGGAUCCCAGAAACCCGGAAGUGGAGAGAAUCGCGAAGGGAGGACGUUUUCUAACGGUCAAGAAAGCAGGAGAAAAUGAGAGUAUGCUGCGUGUAUCACCAUUUCUUAUCGCAAGAGAACUGCAUCCUUUGGGAGAGGUGAAGGAUAUUACGCGUCUCAGGGACGGGACGAUUGUAAUUGAGACGAGAUCAAGGGAACAGGCACUCCGAAUGAUGAGAGUAAACAAAAUCGGAAGUCAUGAGGUGAAGGUAGAGGAACACCCACGCUUCAAUACCUCCAAAGGGGUCAUUCGCAGCUGGGAUUUGGCCUAUAUGGAUGAGAAUGAACUGCUGUCGGAAUUGUCAUCUCAAAUGGUGACAGAGAUCAGGCAAAUCAAGAGGAAACCGUCGCAGGUGGAGAGACGAACCAAUCAAAACGCCAGAGAGGGUGCUUCGGCGUGGAUGAAUACAGGAACAUUCAUCGUGACUUUCGCGCUACCGGAAAUCCCAGCGUACAUCAAGGCUGGCUAUCUCAAAGUGAAUGUAGCCCCCUUCGUUCCAAACCCGCUACGCUGCUUCAAGUGUCAGAAAUUCGGGCACAUGAAGACAUCCUGCCGUGGGAUGGAUAUGUGUGGUAUUUGCGCGGAGAAGGAGCACUACCCAGAAGCAUGUACAGGAGAGGCAAAGUGCAUCAACUGCGGGCAGAAUCAUGUAAGUUGGUCCAGGAAGUGCCCAGUGUUUCAGGCUGAGUUUGAGAUACAGAAGAUACGAGUGUACAACAAAAUCUCAUUUGCUGAAGCAAAGAGGAGGUUUAUUGAGAGGAUGGGCAGGGAAGGUGAGACAUUCUCAAAUGUCACGAAGAGACAAACAUCGUUUGGAGUCAAUUGUGAACACUGCAAAUGUCAAUGUGGGGGGAAGAUGAAUGUACCAAGAGGACGACCUGCAGAAAAUCCCACGACGAAUCCCAUGACGAACCCCAAUGAGACGUCCCAAGCCCAAAUAGCUCCAGAAUCAGCUGGCGAAGCGAUGGAGGAUGAUACUCUUGUGAAUCUCACCACCGGAUCUUCAGUAUACGACUCAACAUCUGAGAGUAUGGAUUCGAAGACAAAUCACGAGGAAGAGGGGGAAGUUUCCGCCAGUGAAGAGGAAGAUACUCAGGAGAAUCAACAUUCUGUGCCUGAGAAGAAUUAUGCUGAAAAGGAGAUUUCAUCCCGCACAUCUGUAACCACACGGGCCCAAGCUGCAGCCCGUACCAACACCAACAAUGCAAAGAAAGCUUCAAGUACGCCGAAGAAUAAGCAACCGAAAUCAUCUUCAUCCGGGAAAGCCUACAGCAGCAAGGUGUCAAAGAACAAGAAGAAGAAGCUUGCAGCAUCACAACAGACUACUGGAAAGGAUGUCUCAACCACCCAGGCGGCCACCAGCAACAAAUCUUCUAUUAAUAGGGAAAUAGGUAUAGAUUAG